CCUCAAACGGAGCAGGUUGUCUUCGUGCGGAGUGAAAUAAAUCGCGAUCGGCCAUGCAGAACGACAAGUUUGCUCCACCGCCGUUGGGCAUGCAAAACGACAAGUACUCACCGCCAAUGGGUUUCACCUCGGCCCCACCACAGCCAGGAUACCCGCAGCCAGGAUAUCCACAGCCAGGAUACCCGGCUUACACCACACCGGCGGAGAACUACGGAGGUCCUCCGCCACCACCACCGCAACCACCGAGGGAUCCACCCACCAGAGUGGAUCCACCACGAGAUGGAUGCUUCAGGCGCAACCAAAAAAACAAACCACAAGCCAAUGCUGUAGGCGCAGCUGGCCUAAUCUUCAUCUCAGGAGGCAUGAACAUUGCGUGGUCGGUUGGCUUCCGAGGCGUGAGCUACUACCAAUUUACCAAGCACAACUUUGUAGCCUGGUUCAUUGGCGCCAUUAUUGGAGCGUUUAUUAGCACCCUGCUCACUAACAAGGUGGCCAAAAAAUAUGUCCUGCAAUUUUCCUCUGUUCUGGUUGCCAUCGGUGGACUGAUCAUCGCCUGCACCCACAAUAAUGGACCCGGAACGGUGGCCGCUUGCUAUUUGGAUGGCAUAGCCAACGGUUUGAUAUUCGCCCCUUUUAUGGCCCUGGCAGGAGAGGUUUCAGUGCCUUACAUGAGAGGCCUGGUCACGUCCAAUUUGGAGCAACUUUUGUUUGGCGUCGGUUUCCUGCUACAGAUCGUCUAUGUCACCUCGUGGACGUAUUCCAGCUACCCAUCCUACAACGAUUUCACGGCCGAAAACAUGAAGGGUGUGCUGAGCACCAUCUAUGGCUUUUUGGCCCUCAUUUUCGGCUCCCUUAUGACCAUCGAAUCGCCAGUUCUGAUGCUGGCCAAUAACGAUGAGCAGGGAGCCAUUGACGCACUGCGUCGCCUGCAGAAGCCCGCCGUUCUGACCGAGGAAACCUACGAUCUGCUGGCGGAGCACAAGCGCUACUUAGCCGUCAACAAGGACAUGUCGAGGGGUCAGGCCCUUGGCCAGGGCUUCUCCACCUUCGUCCGAAUCGCCUUCCUGCGAGUCCUGAAUGCGAUGAGCCUUUCCAGCUUUGUGGCUACCACUAUGGCCAUUUCCAUCUACGCCUCGCACGGAUUGAGUAGCGCCAAUGCCUGGUACAUAGGAUUCGCCCUGUGCCGUUGGUUGGGAACCCUCAUCCCGUCCUUCUGCAUGGAGUCCCUGGGCCGAAAGAAGCCCACUGUUUUCGGGCUCAUCGUGAGCUGCAUUUUGUCCUUCGUCGUGGGCUCCCAGUACAGUUGGUACACCUACAUGAACGGAGUGAGCGUCUUGCUGAUGGCCUUCGAGUUCUUUGCGGGAAUGGCCUUCUCGGCCACCUCGUCGUACCUCUCGGAGGCAUAUCCCAUGGGAGUUAAGCAGUUCUUCAUUGCCCUCACCUUCGGCACCGAAAUGUUUGUCUUCCUUAUCAUCAAUGUGUGCGACUACAAUUUGAUGCAGGGAUACAACUACUUCUACAUCAUGGGCGGCAUGUAUCUGGCGGGCUUUAUUCUGGCACUCAUUUCCCUGCCGGAAACGAAGAUGAUGACCCUGCGAGGUGCCCAGGAACUGUUCAGCCGAUUCCUCAACGUUCGGUUCUAG